CUCAUCAUUUUGUUGGCGUUGAAAAUUUGUAGCCGAACGUUGAUUUAUGAAAACUGCUUUUAAAUCGUACUGAUUGUGACUUAGAUACCGAAAAUUGGUUUCGGACAUUAAUCCGUACCGGUCGAGUGUGUUUGUGUCCAGUUUUGUUACUUCUAGAGAGGAUUACAAGUUGAGCGAAAAGUUUUGACAAAUUUGCAUUUGUGGGAUUAUAACUGAGUGGGUUUGUUGGCGAAUGCCGAGCAAAGAUGGCCGAUGGCGUGGAUAUUGAUUUGUAUGCCGAUGAUUUAGAACCGGAUUUUACUCAAACUAACGACGAUUUUGGUGCCGAAGGAGGUGAUUUAUAUGAUGAUGUUAUAACCCCAUCUGGUGACCAUGGGCGGAACAAUUCCGGAAGUGGGGCUUCUUUGGACAGAGAUGGCAUCGACAGUAACGGUACUUAUCAGCAUCACGGUUCCAGCUCGAUGGGCCACAUGUCCCGUAGACAUCAACUGUAUAUCGGAAACCUUACUUGGUGGACCACUGAUCAGGACAUUGCGGAUUCCAUUGGGGAUGUUGGGGUUGGUGAUUUCCAGGAAGUGAAGUUUUUCGAAAACCGUGCCAACGGUCAAUCGAAAGGUUUUUGUGUUGUGUCAUUGGGCUCUGAAAACAGCAUGCGCUGUGUAAUGGAUCGGCUGCCGAAAAAGGAACUCCACGGUCAGAAUCCAGUGGUUACAUUGCCAACCAAACAGGCAUUGAACCAAUUUGAAAGCCAGCAGAAGACUAGGCCAACUCCACCGGCACAAGGUCAAUCGAACGGUCCAAGACCGCCGGCUCCCAAUAUAGGCAUGGGAAUGGGAAUGGGCCCUGGACACGGAGGCCCUCAUGGUGGCCCUGGAGGCCCAGGAGGUCCUGGUCCAAAUGGCCCCGGUGGACCUCCUAGAAUGGGAAUGGGUGGUCAUAAUAUGCCCCCUGGAAUGAUGCCACCACAUAACCAUCCAAUGCAAGGACCGAUGCAUAUGCAAGGUCCUCCGGGACCCGGUGGACCCCCGAGACCUCAGGGCCCUCCAAUGCAUCAAGGAAACGGACCGCCACCUCAAGGUAUUCCACGCUUUCAGAAUCAAGGCCAAUGGAAUGGACCUCCAAGAAUGGGGGGUCCCAGACCUGGAGGUCCAGGUGGUCCUGGUCCAAUGUCCCAUAGACCGCAAAUGGUAAAUAAACCGCUUUACCCAUCACAGAGAUCACAGAGAUUCAUGGAUUAUCAGGGACCACCAUCCCGUGGACCAGGGGGACCUCGACCUGAUUGGAACAACGGACCACCUAUGCAUGGACCAGGUUUCCCGCCUGGGCCUCCCGGACCACGCCAAGGUCCACCUCAUGGACCCUCUCGCGGUCCUCCGAUGGGUCCUGGUCCGCAAGGUCCGGCCCCUCAUGUGAAUCCAGCGUUCUUUAAUCAGGGUGGAGGUCCUCCUAAUCAUCCUAACGGCGGGCCGGCUGGCCACAUGCCACCAUCAGGACAAGGUCCUCCACCGCACUUCAACCCUCAGGGUGGUGCUGCACCCCGCGGUCCUUGGCCUGGGCCCGGAGGAAAACCACCGGCAGGUCCAUUUCCCGAACAUCCCAUCGCACCGCAGCUGAGUGAGGCGGAAUUCGAAGAAAUUAUGACGAGAAACCGCACUGUUAGCAGUUCAGCCAUAGCCAGGUAA